UUCCCACGCUCGAGUAGGUAGAACACUGCAGCGCGCCUCGCGCACGCACAGAGGCGGGCAUGGCCACGGCGCGCGCCGCGUGUAGGCGCCUGACCACGGGCGACGAGACGCGGGCCGUGCCGGCGGUCGGCCCGGCGUCCGGAGGCCGCACGCAGUUCAACAUGUCCUCGGGCGCGGCCACGGCCGUGGUGUUCGUCUCCAUCGUGCUCUGCUUCAUCCUGCUCUGCACCUACUGCCGCUGCGCCCGCCAGCGCGCCAUCGCGGGCGCGCGCCGUCAAGUCAUGCGCGAGCUCGUCCCGGGCGCGUCCCUCUUCCUCCGCCCCGCCGCCGCGGCGCUGCCGCCCGCGGUGCCCUACGCCGUCGCCAGCGCCGGCAAGAAGGGGCAGGUGCCCGAGGACUGCCCCGUCUGCCUCGAGCCCUUCGGCGACGGCGACGCCGUCAGGGUCGUCCCCGCGUGCGGCCACCUCUACCACGCGCCCUGCAUCGACCGGUGGCUCGACGUGCGCAACUCCUGCCCCGUGUGCCGGUGCGCCGUGGUCUGCUACUGCACCGCCGACCGUGCGACUAGGGACGCGGCCGUGGCCGUUGGCAGCGGCGACGACGACCAGGAGGUCGUCCUGGAGCGCGUGGUCGCGAUGAUCGAAGCGAUAAGAGAUGAACAGAGAGAAGAGGCGGCGGCGCGGCGCGCGCCGGCGAGUACCGGCGGAGACGGAGGGUGAAGGUGUGAUGAUGAUGCGUACGGGUUCCUGGUGCAUGUGCAGCUAACUUAACCGGGUAAAUUUAGGUGUGAGAGUAGAGGGCUAGCUGAAGUGAUUAUUUGCCAAUUUCCAACAACAAAUUUGUCAUGAGUUGUGCAUAAUCAAGGUUCUGGAGUGAGAUGAAUGUUUUUUUUGGUUCAAGAAAUGGUUAUCACUUAUCAAAUGGGCAUCCUUUUUCUUUAAAAUAUAUAAAAAAUUGUCUUGUUA